AUGCCAAAACACGAAUUCUUAACCCCAAAAGCAAUUGCCAAUAGAAUAAAGGCUAAAGGUCUACAGAAGCUUAAAUGGUACUGCCAACUUUGCGAAAAACAAUGCCGAGACGAGAAUGGAUAUCAAUGUCACAUUCGUUCCGAGUCUCAUCUUCGUCAAAUGAGUCUUUUACGUGAAAAUCCAGAUAAGUAUCAAAGCACUUAUUCUAAGGAAUUUUUGACCGAUUUUAUAAAAUUAUUGUCAAGAAGAUGGGGUACGAAACGAGUUCUCGCCAAUACCGUCUACCAAGAAUACAUUUCAGACCGACAUCAUUUGCAUAUGAAUGCGACUGAAUGGGUCACGCUUACUGAUUUCGUGAAGUAUCUUGGAAGAAAAGGUAUUUGCAAUGUAGAUGAAACUCCUAAAGGAUGGUUUAUCGCUUGGGUCGACAAUAGUCCUAAAGCUUUGGCACGACAGGAGGCCAUAUUGAAAAAGGAACGUCAAGAAAAAGACGAGUCGGAACGUGCUCGAAAAAUCAUCGAAGAGCAAAUUGAAAAAGCAAAAAGAGACGCCGAAUCUACAGAUUUGUCAUCUGAAAAACGUGAAUUAGAAUUACUUAAACGAAAAACAGAUAAAAAUAUCCUCAAAGUGGAAAUAAAGUCUCUAGAGGAUCCUAAUAAUUCACAAACAAUAGAUGAUAACACAAUCGCAGAUGUUACUGCUACGAACUCGAUUGAAACCGAGUCCUCGAAUGAUUCAUCAUGUACCUCCUCUUUAACUAUUAACGGACUCUCGGCUGAUUCUACUGCAAUAAAACCUUCUGAUUCAACUUCCUCAACAGCAGUUUCUGCGAAUAAUACAACUCCCAACAUCACUUCCACUACCUCAAUAUCCUUUAAACCAAUUGGACAGAAAAAAUCUCUCGCAGCAUUAGCCAAAAAGUCGAAUAUUUUGGCCGCUUCGCCAAAGAAAGAAAAGAAAGAGGCACCUAAAAAACUAUCGGCAAUCGAACAAAUUAUAAUAGAAGAAACAGAGAAGAAAAAGAGAUUAGAAAAUAUUAAUCAUAAAGUAACGGGUGAUAGGAAUCGGGGUAAAGAUGAUCGCAAAGAUUUUUAUAGAUCUGACAGAGAUAGAGAUAGUAGGGAUAUUCAUAGAGAAAGAGAUUAUUACAGAAAUCGAGAUCCUUAUCGGGAAUCCAAAGAUAGAGAAUAUCGUGAGCGUGACAGAGAUCGAGAUUACGAGCGAGAAACAAAACGUGCACGUAGGGAUUAA